UUAUAAAGCUUAAUACCAACCAUGAAAAUUAAUGAUUUUGUGCUAUUAAAUAAUGGAAUAAAAAUGCCAAUUUUCGGUUUUGGAACUUAUCAAAUCAAGAACAGAGAUGUCAUGCGGAAAUGUUUGGAUUGCGCAUUAGAACAUGGAUACAGAGUAAUAGACACUGCUAGUGUUUAUAAAAAUGAAAUUCAUAUUGGAGAAUUUCUACCAGAACUUUUGAAAAAACACAACUUAUCAAGACAAGAUGUUUUCAUCACCACAAAGUUAUCACCUAAGGAUCUAGGCAGGGACGAAACACGCAAAGCAAUACAAGAUUCUCUUACUAAAUUAAAGUUGGAUUAUGUUGAUCUAUAUUUGAUUCAUUGGCCAGGAAAACAGGGAUUGCGACGAGAAGACAUGAAGAAUGCUGUAUUUCGAGCCGAAAGUUGGAAAUCUUUAGAAGAUGUUUACACUGAAACAAACCAGCUGCGUUCCAUUGGAGUAUCAAAUUAUACUGUAAAACACCUGGAAGAGUUGCUAUCCAAUUGUUGCAUUGUGCCUGCCGUUCUCCAGUCUGAAUUUCACCCAGAUUAUCAACAAAAUGAUAUUGUGGAAUUAUGCAAACAAAAAAACAUACAUUUCACCUCUUAUUCCUCACUAGGACAAGGUCGAUUAGUUGAAGAUUCUAGAUUGCUGCCAUAUGCAGAAAAAUAUGGAAAGAAUGUUCCGCAAAUAUUGUUACGAUGGGCAUUGCAGAAAGGGUGCAGUGUAAUUCCAAAAUCAUGUGAUACAAGCAGGAUUGUUGAAAAUUCUGAUAUAUUUGAUUUUACACUAACUGCAUCAGAUAUGGGGGAAAUUGGGAAUUUAGGAAAAUGUAUGAAAUAUGCAUGGAAUGCUGAUGAUGUAGCAUGAUGUUGGAAUUAAUGAUAUGGAGAAUAUCAACAACUGAUAUUUUGUAUUUUAAAUGUUACUGUAGUAAAAGAGUGCAAUAAAAACCAUUCCUCAUAAACAAAUUAGAACACA